GAGUCUUCUAAAAUGAUGCUGCGUGCUGCAGGAGAAAUGAAAGCGGCCGCCUUGGAGGCAGGAAGCCGACUAGCGAGAUGCUUAAUUAUCGUGGAAGUAAGUGCUUGUUACUGUUGAGUGCAGCAUGCAGUGAGCGGGGGUCCUCCUCUGUGUCAGAGUGUGAUUUGUAGACAAUGCCGCCCUGUCAGCUCAGUGCUGGUUCAGCAGCAUCUUUCCAAACAUGUAUCUGGCAAGAAUUUAAAGGCCACCUCUUGUGUAAUUUGUGGAGUCUUGGAAAAGGAUUCUCUGCCUUUCUUUUCAGGAUGUACGCAACCAUGCAGGAUUUUGUAGUCAGAAUCUGUGCCUCCUGCCUGACGUGUUCAUGAGGAAGUUCGUUUUCCUGCCCGUCACCUGGAAGGAUGCUGACAGUUCUCUGAAAUCUGUUGGGGGGAUAUGGAGAAGGCUGCCCAGAGCAGCAUUUUGUUUCUGCCGUCGUCAUAAAUUAGUGCUGAUGGGGUGGAUUAGAUUGUACUAUUGAAGGAAAUGCAGGCAUUUUGUUAAUUAGUGUGAUACUUCCAGCUCUAAGAGUAGAUGAAACUAAGGAGAGCUUGGGAAGAGGUCACAGUGAAUGCUGGUUUCAUUCUGCAAUAUUCCUCGCUCAUCUGGAGAAAGUAUGGAAUCAUGGCAAUCACAGAAUCCCAGUAAUAGAAGUUCCAUUCAGUUUUUUCUGAAAGAAAGCCAUCUAUUAAAGUGAAGGAAAGAAACUGUUGUGGAUUACAAUGUUUUGAAGAUCAGGAUUUUCAGUGAUUUGAAAAUAAAGGAUCAUUUGGCCUUUUAAAUGAAAAAGCUUAAGAUCUCAUGCAACCCUUGUAUUUUCUGGAAGCUGUUCUCCAAAAGGGAAGUGCACAUUUAAAACACAGAUAUGAUGGUCCUUUCUGUAGGGAUUUAAGUCUCCUUGCUUUUACAUCAUGACCAGCUUGAAACGGUCACAGACAGAAAGGCCUGUGGCCACUGACAGGACCUCCGUUGUUGGCACAGAUGGCACCCCCAAAGUCCAUACUGAUGACUUCUACAUGCGCCGUUUCCGGUCCCAAAAUGGCAGCUUAGGAUCAUCAGUCAUGGCCCCGGUAGGGCCUCCUCGAAGUGAAGGUUCUCACCAUAUAACCUCGACCCCCGGAGUUCCCAAAAUGGGGGUUAGGGCAAGGAUUGCAGAUUGGCCUCCAAGAAAGGAAAACAUAAAAGAAUCUAGCCGYUCGAGCCAGGAAAUAGAAACCUCAAGUUGCCUUGAGAGCAUGUCCUCCAAAAGCAGUCCUGUGAGUCAGGGAAGUUCUGUUAGUCUCAGUUCCAAUGACUCAGCCAUGCUGAAGAGCAUACAGAACACCCUGAAAAACAAGACCAGACCAUCGGAGAACAUGGACUCCAGAUUUCUUAUGCCUGAAGCCUAUCCCAGCUCCCCUAGGAAAGCUCUCCGCAGAAUACGGCAGCGGAGCAACAGUGAUAUCACCAUAAGUGAACUCGAUGUGGAUAGCUUUGAUGAAUGUAUCUCACCCACGUACAAGACUGGGCCAUCUCUGCACAGGGAAUAUGGUAGCACAUCUUCAAUUGAUAAGCAGGGAACAUCUGGAGAAAGCUUUUUUGAUCUGCUAAAGGGCUACAAAGAUGACAAAUCUGAUCGAGGUCCAACUCCAACCAAGCUCAGUGACUUUAUCGUUGCCGGUGGCAGCAAGGGUUCCGGUUUCUCUUUGGAUGUUAUCGAUGGGCCCAUCUCACAGAGAGAGAACCUCAGGCUUUUUAAGGAUAGGGAAAAACCACUCAAGCGACGUUCCAAGUCUGAAACCGGAGACUCAUCCAUUUUUCGCAAAUUACGCAAUGCCAAAGGUGAAGAACUUGGGAAAUCGUCAGACCUAGAAGACAACCGAUCAGAAGAUUCUGUCAGGCCCUGGACAUGUCCAAAGUGUUUUGCCCACUAUGAUGUCCAGAGUAUAUUAUUUGAUUUGAAUGAGGCAAUUAUGAACAGGCACAAUGUUAUUAAAAGGAGAAAUACCACCACAGGAGCUUCGGCAGCUGCMGUGGCAUCCUUGGUCUCUGGACCUUUGUCCCAUUCAGCCAGUUUCAGCUCCCCAAUGGGCAGCACAGAGGACCUGAACUCCAAAGGAAGCCUCAGCAUGGACCAGGGAGAUGAUAAAAGCAAUGAACUUGUAAUGAGCUGUCCGUAUUUUCGGAAUGAGAUAGGUGGAGAAGGUGAAAGGAAAAUCAGCCUGUCCAAAUCAAAUUCUGGCUCCUUUAGUGGGUGUGAAAGUGCCUCCUUUGAGUCUACCCUUACCUCCCAUUGCACAAAUGCGGGAGUGGCAGUACUUGAAGUGCCCAAGGAAAAUUUGGUGUUGCAUCUAGACAGAGUGAAAAGAUACAUCGUGGAACAUGUGGAUCUUGGCGCAUACUAUUAUAGGAAAUUUUUCUACCAGAAGGAACACUGGAACUAUUUUGGGGCCGAUGAGAAUCUUGGUCCAGUUGCUGUGAGCAUACGAAGGGAAAAACCAGAAGAAAUGAAGGAAAAUGGAUCUCCAUACAACUACCGAAUGAUCUUUCGAACUAGUGAGCUCAUGACACUGAGAGGUUCUGUCUUGGAAGAUGCUAUUCCUUCAACAGCAAAGCACUCAACGGCUAGAGGGCUUCCUUUGAAAGAAGUGCUGGAGCACGUGAUCCCCGAGCUCAAUGUCCAAUGCCUGCGGUUGGCCUUCAACACUCCMAAAGUCACAGAGCAGCUCAUGAAGCUGGAUGAACAAGGGCUGAACUAUCAGCAGAAAGUGGGCAUCAUGUACUGCAAAGCAGGACAGAGCACRGAAGAGGAGAUGUACAACAAUGAGGCAGCUGGCCCAGCCUUUGAGGAAUUCCUUCAGCUGUUGGGAGAACGAGUUCGGCUAAAAGGAUUUGAGAAGUACCGAGCACAGCUUGACACCAAAACUGACUCCACUGGAACCCAUUCUCUGUACACAACAUACAAAGACUAUGAGAUUAUGUUCCAUGUGUCUACCAUGCUGCCCUAUACACCCAACAACAAGCAACAGCUCCUACGAAAGCGGCAUAUUGGAAAUGAUAUUGUAACAAUUGUUUUCCAAGAGCCUGGAGCACAGCCAUUCAGCCCGAAAAAUAUCAGAUCCCAUUUUCAACAUGUCUUUGUCAUUGUCAGGGCUCACAGCCCCUGCACCGACAACGUCUGUUACAGUGUGGCUGUCACCAGGUCCAGAGAUGUGCCUUCCUUUGGACCUCCCAUCCCUAAAGGGGUCACUUUCCCCAAGUCAAAUGUGUUCAGGGACUUCCUUUUGGCCAAAGUGAUUAAUGCAGAAAAUGCUGCUCAUAAAUCAGAAAAGUUUCGGGCCAUGGCAACUCGCACCCGCCAGGAAUACCUGAAAGAUCUUGCCGAAAAGAAUGUUACCAACACCCCUAUCGACCCUUCAGGCAAGUUUCCGUUCAUCUCUCUGGCCUCCAAGAAGAAGGAAAAGUCAAAGCCAUAUCCAGGAGCUGAGCUCAGUAGCAUGGGGGCCAUUGUGUGGGCAGUCCGUGCCAAAGACUACACCAAGGCUAUGGAACUAGACUGCCUCCUAGGGAUCUCCAAUGAAUUCAUCGUCCUCAUUGAACAGGAAACAAAGAGUGUGGUUUUCAACUGUUCCUGCAGAGACGUGCUGGGGUGGACUUCCACUGACACAAGCCUCAAAAUCUUCUAUGAGCGAGGAGAGUGUGUUUCAGUGGAAAGUUUUAUUAGCAAUGAGGAUAUCAAAGAAAUUGUCAGAAGGCUGCAGUUUGUUUCAAAAGGUUGUGAAUCAGUGGAAAUGACUCUUCGAAGAAAUGGGCUAGGACAGCUUGGCUUCCAUGUCAACUAUGAGGGCAUUGUGGCAGAUGUGGAGCCCUAUGGCUAUGCCUGGCAGGCAGGGCUGAGGCAGGGCAGCCGCCUGGUGGAAAUCUGCAAGGUGGCAGUGGCCACCCUGAGCCAUGAGCAGAUGAUCGAUCUCCUGAGAACAUCCGUUACAGUGAAAGUUGUCAUCAUUCCCCCCCAUGAAGACUGCACCCCACGGAGGAGCUGCUCCGAAACCUACCGCAUGCCAGUGAUGGAGUACAAAAUGAAUGAAGGUGUUUCAUAUGAGUUCAAAUUUCCCUUCCGCAAUAAUAACAAAUGGCAGCGGAAUGCCAACAAGGGGUCUCAUUCCCCUCAAGUCCCAACCCAGGUACAGAGUCCCAUGACCUCACGGCUAAAUGCUGGGAAAGGUGACGGGAAGAUGCCUCCUCCAGAAAGAGCCGCCAACAUUCCUCGAAGCAUCUCCAGUGAUGGGCGCCCGCUAGAGAGGMGGUUGUCUCCUGGUUCAGACAUCUAUGUGACAGUCUCAUCCAUGGCUUUAGCAAGAUCCCAGUGUCGUAACUCCCCUAGCAACCUGUCUUCAUCCAGCGAGCCUGGCUCUGGGGGGGGCACUUACAGACAAAAAUCCAUGCCCGAAGGGUUUGGAGUGAGCCGCAGAUCCCCAGCCUCCAUUGACAGGCAAAACACCCAGUCAGAUCUUGGUGGCAGCGGAAAGUCCACACCCAGCUGGCAAAGAAGUGAGGAUAGCAUUGCUGACCAGAUGGAGCCUACAUGUCAUCUCCCAGCAGUAUCAAAGGUACUGCCAGCUUUCCGAGAGAGCCCCAGUGGGAGAUUAAUGCGGCAGGAUCCAGUGGUUCAUUUGUCUCCAAACAAACAAGGGCAUUCUGAUAGUCACUACUCGAGCCACUCCAGUAGCAAUACCCUCUCCAGCAAUGCAUCCAGUGCCCACAGUGACGAGAAGUGGUACGAUGGGGACCGCACGGAAUCCGAACUCAACAGCUAUAACUAUCUGCAGGGCACCUCCGCUGACAGUGGCAUCGACACCACCUCCUACGGCCCCAGCCAUGGCAGCACAGCCUCUCUGGGGGCCACCUCGUCUCCUCGCUCAGGGCCAGGCAAGGAGAAAGUGGCACCCCUGUGGCAUAGCUCCAGCGAAGUGCUCUCCAUGGCAGAUCGAACGUUAGAGACAGAGAGCCACGGCAUGGACCGGAAGGCAGAGUCCUCCCUGAGCCUGGAUAUCCACAGCAAGGGCCAAGGUGGCUCCAGCCCUCUGACAAGGGAGAACAGCAGCUUCAGUAUAAACGACGCUGCUUCCCACACAAGUACCAUGAGCUCCCGGCACUCUGCCAGCCCGGUUGUGUUCUCCAGUGCCCGAAGUUCACCAAAGGAGGAGCUUCACCCCGCCAGCGCCUCACAGCUUGCGCCUUCCUUCUCCUCUUCCUCCUCCUCUUCCUCCGGUCCUAGGACGUUCUACCCUCGCCAGGGCGCUACAAGCAAGUACUUGAUUGGAUGGAAAAAACCUGAAGGAACCAUUAACUCUGUGGGAUUCAUGGACACAAGAAAGCGCCAUCAGAGUGAUGGCAGUGAAAUAGCCCACACCAGGCUGCGGGCCUCAACCAGGGACCUCCGGGCGUCCCCCAAGCCAACCUCCAAGUCCACCAUUGAGGAGGAUCUAAAGAAGCUCAUCGACCUUGAAAGCCCAACUCCUGAAUCCCAGAAGAAUUUUAAGUUCCACGCGCUGUCCUCCCCUCAGUCUCCUUUCCCCAGCACUCCCACCUCAAGGCGGGCUUUGCACAGAACUCUGUCUGACGAGAGCAUUUACAGUGGCCAGAGGGAGCACUUUUUCACCUCCAGGGCUUCGCUUCUGGACCAAGCCCUGCCCAACGAUGUCCUCUUCAGCAGCACGUACCCUUCUCUCCCCAAGUCUCUCCCGCUGCGGAGGCCUUCCUACACCUUAGGAAUGAAGUCGUUGCAUGGAGAGUUCUCGGCCUCGGACAGCUCUCUCACUGACAUCCAGGAGACCCGAAGGCAACCUAUGCCAGACCCCGGCCUUAUGCCCCUGCCUGACACUGCUGCAGAUUUGGACUGGUCCAACUUGGUAGAUGCUGCCAAAGCCUAUGAGGUCCAGAGAGCCUCAUUUUUUGCUGCUAGUGAUGAAAACCAUCGGCCCUUGAGUGCAGCAUCCAACAGUGACCAGCUCGAUGACCAGGCUCUGGCCCAGAUGAAAUCAUACAGCAGUAAGGAUUCCUCUCCCACCCUGGCUUCUAAAGUGGACCAGUUGGAAGGUAUGCUGAAGAUGCUUCGCGAGGAUCUGAAGAAGGAAAAGGAGGACAAAGCCCACCUGCAGGCAGAAGUGCAGCACUUGCGGGAAGACAACCUGAGGCUGCAGGAGGAGUCCCAGAACGCCUCGGACAAGCUGAAGAAGUUCACGGAGUGGGUCUUCAACACUAUAGACAUGAGCUAGGGACGGCUGCGGGAGAGGAGGAGGGCGCAGGGCGUGCUCUCUGGGGGUUCCCUGAAGCCCCUCACUCACGCCUUUAGGAGCAUUCUCAGCACCUUCCCCAGCCUCCCACCCGCCCCCUUCAGGAGUGCACAACACAACAUUUGCAGAUCAACAAUCAUUAUCUGCCUUUUGUAGAAAAGAAAAAAAUAAGUAAAUAAAAAUUUUAAAAAGUAAAAUAAAAGUUUAACUGCUAAAAUGUGAAUGUCUUUAUUUUUUUGCACAAUAUCUUUAUCUGUUAUGUAUUUAAACAGAAACUGGGCCUAGGACCAGGGUGCCUCCUGGCCAUCUGCCUCUAUUCCCAUCAGCUUUCUUAUCUAUUUCAGGUAACCCAAGCUUUCCCUGUAAUCUAACAAGUGUCAUUGUUCCUAAGAAAGCCAAGUUUUUUUAACUCGUUUAUUUGGGGAGUGGGGAGGGGUGUUUCCUUAACUUCUUUCCUAAAAAUGCCUGGAGAGGGAGGAGCUUUGAGUAAAGGCCCCCCCUCCCUUGAAGGACUUGUAUGUGAGCUGGUGCUGUUUGUCCUUUUCAGAGACCAGCCAAAUUGGGGUCAUUUUAUACAGCAAGUCAGUAAACCAGAGAGGGACAUCAUCAGGCCUGCAGGGCCCACCCCUGUGAUCCUUCAUUGUGAUGUCACUUCCUGCUCUUUCUUUCCCAGGGAGAUGGUUUCGGGUGCACCAUUCUGCUAGGGCUCUUUUUUGUUUGGCUUAAGUAAGUCCCACUAAAUUGGAAUUAACUCUCUAUAGUUCCCUGGCUCCAAACAUUCAUUGGUUUCCUAAUUCUGCCAACUAAAACCAUACUUGUAUGCAUUUUGGUCAAAAAUAUACAUAGUUUUUGUUUGAGGUUUUUAAAGCUAAAGAUGUAGAAAAAAAUUUUUAAGCUUGCUAAAAAUGACUAUAUUAAUAAAUCUUCCUCUCCAAAGCAAGACUUCACCAGUGUUUGUAAUUAGGAAAAGCUAACAGUGAAUGUUAAAUCAUGAAUUUUAAUCCUUGCUUGUUAGGAGCACCGACUGUAAUAGAAUGGGCUUUUGAAAUCUGCAUGUCCCAGUGUGAAAUCUAAGCACGGCAUUUUCUGCAUCUUUUUGUGGUCAUCCAGAGGAUUCUGCUGCAGAAAUUCCUAAUGUGCUUUUUUUCCUGUCUAGUGGUGCAGGCUGCUGUGAGCCCCUGGGCAGUCACCGCUGCAGAACACAGACAGGCCAACCAGUGUUGACUGACCCGAGAACACCCCCUUGUUUCUUGCCUUCAUAAUUGCCACUAAACUGACCCCUUGCCCCUUUAGGGGUGACUCUGGCCUAAGGGGACAUUCAGCAGUCUAGUGGCAUAUGCUUGGAAGUUCCCUGCCCUGAGUGAUAUGAACUCAUUCCUUAUUCCAUCCCUGAAAGAAACAGGAUGGAUUCUCUUUCUCCCCGCCAUACCCACUACCAGAUUUUUAUGCUAUAGUUUCAUUCAUGAUUGUGGUUUCUCCAUGGGACUUUUUUUUCCUGGUAACAUUUCUAUUAUGGAAAUAGGAAGAUUUCGGAGUGCUUUGUAAAGAUUUCAGUUGUCUCUUUCUCUCUUUAACUUGUAUAAAGGAGAUUGUACAUUGCCUGAUAUCUCUUUGUAAAUGAGAAAUAUUGCUAACAUCCAAGCAUUCUGAAGUCUUGCUUAUCCUUCUGAGUUUUGUUUUCAUUUUGUUUUCCAUUUCCUUUGGGGACUUGGGGCAAGCUAUUUAUUAGAGUUUUGCAAGAGUUCUUGUUUAAAGCCUCUAAAGACUACUUGUAAAAUUCAAACAAUAAAAUUCAUUUUAAACACUCUUUUAAAAUGCUUGGUGUUAUUGCUUAAGGUUUUCUUCCCUGAAAGAAAAAUUCAUUGACCCUCUUUGCAUCCUAAGUUUUUCAUCACGUUUGAUUAACACUAAGAUGAUUCUUAAAAGUUUGUCCAAUUUAGAAUUUUACUCUGUUCAUAUGUCCACAGAGAGUU